UUCUUUCCCAUCAACUUUCUUGCAAAACAAUGUCUUCGCCUAGAACAAUCAUUGCCCUGGGCCUGGAGGGGUCGGCCAACAAGCUCGGCGUCGGUAUCGUCAAGCACACCUAUCCGUCCGGAAUCACCGCCUCGGAGCUAGCGCCCCAAUACGAGGAACUGGCGAACAUCCGCGACACAUACAAUCCGCCAGCAGGCCACGGCUUCCAGCCGCGCGAUGUUGCAGCCCACCACCGCGCAUUGAUCCUUCCGCUCCUAGACAAGGCGCUAGCGCAAGCCAAGCUGCAGCCGCAGGACAUCGACUGCAUUUGCUUCACCAAGGGCCCGGGAAUGGGCGCGCCACUGCAGUCGGUGGCCCUGGUGGCCCGCACGCUAUCACAGCUGUGGAACAAGCCCUUGGUAGGGACCAACCACUGCGUGGGGCAUAUUGAAAUGGGCAGGGCGAUUACGGGCGCGCAGAAUCCCGUUGUCCUGUAUGUCUCUGGCGGCAACACCCAGGUGAUUGCAUAUUCGCAGCAGACGUACAGGAUCUUCGGCGAGACCCUGGACAUUGCCAUUGGCAACUGCCUUGAUCGGUUUGCGCGUGUCCUCAAGCUGCCGAAUGACCCGAGUCCCGGCUACAAUAUCGAGCAGUACGCAAAGAAGGGCUCAAAGUACAUCCCGCUGCCAUAUACGGUCAAGGGCAUGGACGUGUCGUUCUCGGGCAUCCUGUCGUUUAUUGAGCAGCUGGCGAAGACGCAAAAGGACAAGUACUCGGCCGAAGAUCUCUGCUAUUCCUUGCAGGAGACCAUGUUUGCCAUGCUAGUGGAGAUCACGGAGCGCGCGAUGGCGCAUAUUAACAGCAGUGAGGUUUUGGUUGUGGGCGGCGUCGGCUGCAAUGUGCGGCUGCAGGAGAUGAUGGGCGAGAUGGCUAAGGAGCGUGGCGGCAAUGUGUUUGCCACAGAUAUGCGGUACUGUAUUGACAACGGCAUUAUGAUUGCGCAGGCCGGCGCUUUGGCGUUUGCGCGCGGGGAGACCACCAAGAUGCAGGAUACGUGGAUUACGCAGAGGUUCCGCACCGACCAGGUCCAUGUAGCCUGGCGAGACUAAAAAGGGGUUUAUUUUAAGAAAAAUAAUAUUUAUGGCCCAUUC